AUGUCGGCAUUUGCCAACCUUAUGGCGCUGAGCGCCUCACAAACCAAGCAGCAGGAAAGUGCUGUGGAGAUGGCACUGCGGGAACGGCAGCGCAAGGAAGCCCUACGGAGGAAGCAGCAGGAGGAAAAGGAGGCCAAGGAGCGGGAGAUGGAGAAACAGCGUCGACUUAAACUUUUCGAGGAGCAAAAGAAGGAAGAGGAAAGGCGGAAACGGAUGGAGGAGGCGAAGGCAGCCAAGGAGCGGGCUCUGCAGCGACGGGAGGAGGAGGAGCGGGACAGGUUACUUCAUGGGCCCAAGAAGGCAGCGAAGAUGGCUUCAUCGUCUGGAGGCUCAAAAUCUGCAGACGGUCGCGGGGGAAAGCGUCGAGGCUCAGACGAGUCAGACGACGAUUCUGGUCCAGUGCCCCUGACCCGGGAGGAGCUACGUCAGCGGAAACAACAGAUGGAGCUCAAGAGGUUAUACGGUGCAUCGAAGAAGGCGUCGUCUUCGAUGUCGGGGGGAUACCACAAACCUGGGCGCAAGCUACCCGGAGGCGCUGUUGACAUGACGGCUCCCUCGACGUCCACCAGCCCAGGAGGCGGGUCUGUGAAGAACCGGCUGGCUGCGAUGCCAAACGUACUGGUGAAGCUGAACCAGGUGAAGAGGGAUACAAGGACUAUCGAUGAAAUUCUGCAGGAUCGGGCCCGGGCUAAGGAAGGGAAGGUCUUGGAAGGGGACCAAGCACUUGUCUUUGACGAUUGGUUCGGAACGAAGAAGAAAGAGACUGGUAAGAAGCCAGAUCAGAGCAGACCGUCUUCCAUGACCCCCACCUCUGGAACCACCACUCCUUCUUCACAACCGCCCUCUUCUACCCUCCCUGUGCCUAAACGGGCCAACCCGGCUCCCAAGCAAUAUGUUACUUCGAAACCUGCUCCUCCACCUCGAACUAUGGCAUCUUCAUCAUCUUCACGCCCCUCCACAUCGACUCGCCCACCGACAGCCGAUAGGGCGGCGGACAGGGCGAAAACCGCUCAGUCCAAACCAAGCAAGAGCAGUGCUCAUGGCAGUUCCUACUCUUCCGGGAAAGCUUCGUCGUCUGCUACGUCCAAGAAACGAGCUCGUUCUAUGAGCCGAUCGGAAACCCCUCCACCCAAACGUCGUCACAGGUCACCUGUCGACAGUGACGAUCUGGACGAAGAUUACAGCUCCGCUAUCUGGAAGCUCUUCGGACGUGACCGAAGCAAGUACGUCAGCAAGGAUGUGUUCAGUGACGACGAAGACAUGGAGGCCGAUGCCAGGGCCCUGGAACGCGAGGAGAAGAUGAGCGCCCGCAUUGCUGCUCGUGAAGAGCAACUCGCCCUUGAGGAAGAAAGGAGACACGAGGAGGAGAAGCGACGACGCAGGAAGGAGCGAGAACGAAUGCUUGCUCGAGGUGGCGCUUGA